GCGCAGCGGUAUUCUGGGUCAGCCAGACGCGUUCGAUCAGGUGCGUGACGCGCUCGUCUGAAUGAACGCGCCCCCGCCUGCGCGCGCGCAGACUCCCAGUCUCCGUGAGAUGCCCGUUAGAUUCGGUGCGGCAGUGCAGUACCGCCGCUCAUGCGCGGAUUUCCCGCUCGUCUCCACGCGCACACACACGGAUCCGUGAACCGGAGAGUCGCGCGCGGACCGCGGACGGUCAUGCCGUGAUGGUGUCACGCGCACGGACGCGUCAGCCGUGUUUGUGAAGCCGGGGAUGAUGAUGAUGAUGAGGAUGAUGAUGAUGAUGAUGGGGGUGGUGGUGAGGAGCGGAGCUGUCCUCCGGUUACCGGGGCUCGUGAUCAGACUGACGGCGCUGAUGUUCGUCGCCGGUUCGAGCGGGAUGCCGCACGUGCUCAGAUUCGGUGGGAUUUUUGAGUCGAUAGAGAGCGGCCCGUCCGGACCAGAGGAGCUGGCCUUUAAAUUUGCACUGAACACCAUCAACAGGAACCGAACGCUUCUGCCUAACACCACGCUCACCUACGACAUCCAGAGAAUCAACGUCUUCGACAGCUUCGAGGCCUCCAGGAAAGCCUGCGAGCAGCUCUCCCUGGGCGUGGCAGCGAUCUUCGGCCCCUCCCACAGCUCAUCAGCCAAUGCGGUGCAGUCAAUCUCGAACGCUCUGGGUGUGCCUCACAUACAGACGCGCUGGAAGCACCAGGUGUCUGAUAACAGAGACUCAUAUUACGUCAGUCUGUAUCCGGACUUCUCUUCGCUCAGCCGGGCCAUACUGGACCUCGUGCACUUCUUCAGGUGGAGGAUGGUGACGGUGGUGUAUGACGACAGCACCGGCCUCAUCCGCCUGCAGGAGCUCAUUAAAGCUCCGUCCAGAUACAACAUCCGCCUGAAGGAUGAGAUGCUAGAGGUCGACGCCGAGGAUGAGGAUGCUAUGCUUAAAGUGAUCAAAGAGAUGAAAAAAGCUAAGGAGUUCCACGUCAUCUUCGACUGCAGUCACGAGAUGGCCGGCUGGAUCCUCAAACAGGCUCUUUCAAUGGGAAUGGUGACGGAAUACUAUCAUUACAUCUUUACAACUCUGGACCUGUUUGCUCUGGAUAUGGAGCCGUAUCGCUUCAGCGGAGUGAACAUGACCGGUUUCCGCAUCUUGAACACGGAGAGUCCGCAGGUGUCCUCCAUCAUCGAGAAAUGGUCAAUGGAGCGACUGCAGGCGCCGCCCAAACCAGACUCGGGCCUGCUGGACGGAUUCAUGACGACGGACGCGGCGCUGAUGUACGACGCGGUUCACGUGGUAGCGGUGUCCAUCCAGCAGUCGCCGCAGAUCACCGUCAGCUCGCUGCAGUGCAACCGACACAAACCCUGGCGCUUCGGAGGACGAUUCAUCAGCCUCAUUAAAGAGGCAUCAUGGGACGGACUGACGGGUCGAAUCCUCUUCAACAAAACCAACGGACUGAGGACAGACUUUGACCUGGACGUGAUCAGUCUCAAAGAGAACGGACUCGAGAAGAUCGGGACGUGGGAUCCUCCGCGGGGACUCAACAUGAGCGAGAAUCACAAGAGUAAAAUCACCAACAUCACAGACUCACUGUCCAACAAAUCACUGCGUGUGUCUACAAUACUGGAGGAGCCGUACGUCAUGUUUAAGAAGUCGGAUAAACCUCUGUACGGGAACGACCGCUUCGAGGGAUUCUGCGUGGAUCUGCUGCGGGAGCUUUCGGUAAUCCUGGGCUUCCGUUACGAGAUCCGGUUAGUGGAGGACGGCAGAUACGGAGCGUUUGAGGAGAGCACGGGGCAGUGGAGCGGCAUGGUGCGCGAGCUCAUGGACCACAAAGCAGACCUGGCUGUGGCUCCGCUGACCAUCACGUACGUGCGAGAGAAGGUGAUUGACUUCUCCAAACCCUUCAUGACCCUGGGCAUCAGCAUCCUGUACCGCAAACCCAACGGCACCAACCCCGGCGUCUUCUCCUUCCUCAACCCUUUGUCCCCUGACAUCUGGAUGUAUAUUCUGCUGGCUUGCUUGGGUGUCAGUUGUGUGCUGUUUGUCAUAGCCAGGUUCAGUCCGUACGAGUGGUAUAACCCUCACCCCUGUAACCCCGACUCAGACGUGGUGGAGAACAACUUCACGCUGCUGAACAGCUUCUGGUUCGGUGUCGGCGCUCUCAUGCGGCAAGGGUCGGAGCUGAUGCCGAAGGCUCUGUCCACUAGGAUUGUGGGAGGAAUCUGGUGGUUCUUCACCCUCAUCAUCAUCUCGUCGUACACCGCAAACCUGGCCGCCUUCCUGACGGUGGAGCGCAUGGAGUCACCCAUCGACUCGGCCGACGAUCUGGCCAAACAAACUAAGAUCCUGUACGGCGUGGUGGAGGACGGCGCCACCAUGACCUUCUUUAAGAAAACCAAGAUCUCGACGUAUGAUAAGAUGUGGGAGUUCAUGAACAGCCGGCGUCAGUCUGUGAUAGUGAAGAGCGUGGAGGAGGGCAUCCAUCGCGUGCUGACGUCUGACUACGCUUUUCUGAUGGAGUCCACCACCAUCGAGUUUGUCACGCAGCGCAACUGUAACCUGACGCAGAUCGGCGGCCUGAUCGACUCCAAGGCGUACGGCGUGGGGACACCCAUGGGCUCGCCGUAUCGGGACAAGAUCACCAUCGCCAUCCUGCAGCUGCAGGAGGAGGGCAAGCUGCACAUGAUGAAGGAGAAGUGGUGGAGAGGGAACGGCUGUCCGGAGGAGGAGAGUAAGGAGGCCAGCGCUCUCGGAGUGCAGAACAUCGGCGGCAUCUUCAUCGUCCUCGCCGCCGGUCUGGUGCUCUCCGUGUUCGUGGCAGUCGGCGAGGUGCUGUACAAAUCCAAACAGAACGCGCAGAUCGAGAAGCGCUCGUUCUGCAGCGUGAUGCUGGAGGAGCUCAGGGUGUCUCUGAAAUGCCAGCGGCGGCGGAAACAGAAACCCCAGCCGCCCGCCAUCGUCAAAACAGAGGAGGUGAUUAACAUGCAUACCUUUAACGACAGGAGGCUCCCGGGGAAAGAGACCAUGGCGUGACGCCGGGACGCCUCUCCUGUGACUCUCGUCCAAAAAGACGGACACGAAGAUGUUUCCUGUGGAAAUCCGGAUUCGUGAGCGAUUCAGAACCGCAUCCCUCACAGAGCAGCAUUCGACGAUUCGAUGUCUUCUCAUUUUACGUUGCUUUUCUCAGUUUUCUCUGUGAAACUAGGUCAAUGUUUUAAACCGAUCAGUUAUUCUCAUAUGAUUCAUUUAUUGCUGCCUUCAAGAGCGCCUGAUAAACACACGUUUUGUUUUUCUCAUAUUCUUCAAUAAAGAGUCCUGAGUCAUGAAAAUGCAUUUAUAAUUGGGGGAAAAAAAUCUAAUUUCAUGAGUUUUUUAUCUCAUCCCAUAUUCUCAAUACAAUAUAAAACUAAUUCCAUUUAUUAAGAAGUGAUGUCUCGGUUUACAAUUUCUGAACAUUCUGGGAACGUUAGUUUUUGGUUAUGAAAUCUAAUAAUAACCAUUAGAAUAUGUUCUUUAUUAGUUUGUUAAACAAAUACCUCACUGAGAACAUUUGUGUUGGACUAAAUAUAGGACCCUAUGAUUUCCUGAUGAAUAUUAAACUGCAAAAAUAUUAUUUAAAUAUAAAUCCUCAUGGCAACCCUUCAAAAUAAAAGUUUGGUUUAACUUGAAGAAAUUGUGACAGAAAUAUAGGCCUAUUACUGUUGUGCAGUAGAAUGCACGUACUACUAAAAAUACAAUUAUUAAAACUUUGUUUUUUUUUAUGGAAUAAUCACAAUAUUUCUUCCAUGUUUUAAUUUGAAUAUUAAACCUCCUUUGUGAUUCCCCCCAACAUAGAGUUUAACUUUCAUUUGAUUUAAAAGAUAAAUUAAUGUUUUUGUCUUUAAAAAUACACAACACAGAACUUCUGAGAAAAAAAAAACUUUUCAUAGAGCGAUUGUAAAAAUAAAUGUUAAUUAAGUUGUUUUUAUGCAUUCAAAUAAUUAGAAAUACUUAAAUUUGGUAACAAUAAAACAGAUAACAUAUUUCAUAUUUCAAUUUCUGUUUAACUAAACUGAUGUUAAAUUGCAUGUUUGCAAUUUUAUCCUUUUUGAUUAUUAGAAUUUAAUUCAGCCAUUAAAAAGGAGUCCAGAAAAAAUAAUAUUGAAAAAAAAAAAAAAAAAACAGAAUCCAGAAAAAUUUUAAUGGAAAAAAUGGAAUUUUAGAAAAAAAUUAAACUGAAUGUCAGAUAAACAGAACAAAAAUAAACACCGAAACGGUAACCUGUAUAAAUCUUAUGACUACAUCUAUAGGUAAGGUAAUGCUAUAUGCUAGCAAAAACCUCCCUGCAACGUUCUGAGAACGUUUGUGCCACAAACUAGAAUCUUAAGAGAACGUAACCAAAAAAUAACAACUUUCAGUUCCCAGAGUGUUGGUUUUUAUUACCAAAAACUACUUUAAAGAAUGUUCUGUUUAAGUUCUUAGUUUGGUCACACAAAAACUUCAAAAA